AUGAAGAGACUAGCAGCUCGCCGCUAUGCUGGUUUGCUAAUUCUCUCCCCCACCACUGCAGCUGAUCGCGAUAGCCAGCCCGCGCAGUCGGGAGAGAGACUGACAAACGGUUCCCUGGAGGAGAUGGAGGAGGACAUCAGUCUAAAGAAACGCAAAAGUGAUCAACCUGAAACAAAAGAGCAAGAAGUCCAGACCACACCAGAGCUGGGUGAAAAAGUCAAAAGGAAGCGAGGACGUCCACCAGUGGAGAAACUGCCCCCAAAUCCACCAGAGCUCACCAGACUCCUCAACACACUGGUGGACAUGGUCAUCAACUACAAGGAUGGGUAUGGCCGACAGAUAAGCAAAGGCUUUGUGCAGCUUCCCUCCAGGAAAGAGGUACCAGAGUACUAUGAGCUGAUACGAAAACCUGUGGAUUUCAGAAGGAUCAGGGAGAGAGUGCGUAACCACAAAUACAGAUGUGUGGGUGAUUUGGAAAAAGACAUUCAUCAGCUUUGCCAAAAUGCUCAGACAUACAACUUGGAGGGAUCUCAGAUAUAUGAAGACUCAAUCGUCAUUAAGUCUGUGUUUGAGAGUGCAAGGCAGAGAAUUGUGACAGAUGAAGAACAAAAAGACAUAGUGAGCACCAGCCAAAGCAACAAUAGUGGCCAGCAAGAAGACCACUUCGUCCCUGUAGCAGGCUGA